UUGUUGAGAGGUAACCCUAGUUCCCAAAUCCUUGUUGGAUCCGCAGCCAUGGAGGAAUCCUUCACGGCCCCCUCCGUCGACCCGCCCGCCGUCGAUCCCGCCUCCGUCGACUCCCCCGCCGUCGAUCCCGCCUCCUUCCACCCCCCCGCAGUCGAUCCCGCCUCCGUCGACCCCCCCGCCGUCCAUCCCGCCUCCUUCCACCCCCCCGCAGUCGAUCCCGCCUCCGUCGACCCAUCCCGCUACCCCUCCUGGGUCCUCCUCGACAGCAGAGCCUACUUCGACGACCCCGUCAACGGCACCACCGUGAAGGCCACGACGAGCACGGGCCACAACUUCGAGGUCACUUUUUGUCUCGCCCACCCGCCUGCCGUCUCCUACUUGUACGUCCACUUUCCCGGAAUCAACGUACUAGAGUGUUGCACCACGGAGCCCCGCGUCAUUUCCUCCGCCAAUGACCUCGCGCUCCUAUGCUUCCCCUUCAGAACUGGCACAUCGAGCACCUACGACUACUUCGUCUACAGGGCUGCCUCCGGCAAGCCCACCAUCAGAUCGGUCCCGUGUCCUCCUCCAACCUACAGGCACUCAUGGCACGCAGCCAUCGUAUCCCGCGAGGAAGGCAGUUUUUUGGUCGCUGAUCUUUCCCUGGGUCGGGACCUUGGGCACUACAACCUGCACAUCUUCUCGUCGGAGACAGACGAGUGGAGCACCAAACAUGUGCAGCUGAAGGAGCCUCCUGGUAUCCUGCCAAAGCUAAUUCACAAGGUGAUCUCUCUUGGAGAAGGCACAAUAGGAUGGGUCGACCUCUGGCGCGGCAUUGUUGUCUGUGAUGUGCUUCAGAAGGAUCCUGUUCUCCGCUUCAUCCCGCUGCCCAGACCGCUGCCCAAGGCUGAUUAUGACGAGCCCCCGAAAAGCCAAGCAUUGGCCGAUUAUGACGCAGCACGGUCCGUGCGGGACGUUGCCGGCUUCCCCAAUGGUUUCGUCGACUUCAUCGAGAUCGAACAUUGUUUCAAAUGGUCUAAGUUUAUCAACAUGAGGAGUUUCAAGACGACGGCCUAUCUUGAUUUCCUAGAUACCAUCAGUGAUAAUGACCUCCUUAGGCAUCAUGAAGAGGACAUUAUGGAGGAUAAAAUUGAGUGUGCACCUGAUGGCUGGAAGAUCCGAACAGGCUUUAGGAACAUUUCUUGGAACCAUUGGAGAAAAGGGUACAAUUUCCAUGUUGAUGACAUAUCAGCCGAACCACAACUUGCUCUGGAGCUACUUCACCUGUGGGAUAGUACAAGUGAGAAAUGCAGAGUGACAAACCUGAAGACUACACCAGGCUUCCCGACCUUCACCAUUUAUGAUUGUGCUGUUGUCCUCAUGUCUAAGGUGGGUGCCGACCAAGUCACAUGGAUGCUUGGUGUAAAUCUUGGGAAUAAGUCGCUGGAAGUCAUCAAGCCAUACCGUGCCUUGAGAGUCGAUUAUUACAAUCCGACCUUCAUUUCCUGUGAAUUCUCCAAAUAUCUGAAUACCGCUCCAAUUCAAAGGCCAUGUGAUGAGGAAGUUGCAGCAGAGUCUGCUCCGAAUGAGGAAGUUGCGGCAGAGUCUGCGCAGAAUGGUGUGCCUAAUGAUCAACUUCCAUUGGGGGAUACUGUUCCAAACAAUGUGGUAUAGGACGGGUAGAUGUCGCGAAAGGAAUACUCAUGGUUUCUGAAGACUGACUAUGCCUGAGUACUACACAGCAACAAACUCAGGUUAGUGUGCAUUAAGAUCUACAAUAGUUAUGUGGUUGUAAUGCAGAAAUGAACAUACUUUACCUUGACUUGCUAUAAUUUGAUCCGGCAACUUCAUGUGCUAAGGACUUCCUUGUACACUAUGUUCUUCAUGGUCGUUAAUAAGAGCUCAGAUCUUUUUCGCUUCUUUGAAUUCUUGCUUUCUUCCUUACCCUUGCCCUUACCCUUGCCAUUGUCCUUGAUGGCGAGAAUCUUGAUGUUCCUCUUCGAUGUGGCUCUAGACAAUGCAACGUAGAGCUGACCGUGAGAGAAAACCGGGUCCGGUAGGUACACCCCGACAAUUGGGAUGGUCUGCCCUUGCGCCUUGUUGAUUGUCAUGGCAAAGCUGAGCCUAAUAGGGAACUGCUUCCUCUUGAACUUGAAAGGGAAUAUAUCGUCAUCGGUUGGGCAGAGAGGUAUCCGAGGAAGGAACACCCUCCUACCAGCAUGUUGUCCUAGCAUGAUUUCUGCAUCAAUGGCGUUCCUCUGAAAACCCCGGACCACAAGCCUUGUGCCGUUACACAACCCAUUAGCUGGAUCAAUGUUUCUCAACAGUAUAACAGGGCAAUUUAUCUUUAGUUUGAGUGCAUGCAGAGGCAGCCCGUUGGGAGUCAGGUUAUUAAGGAAUUCGGGGGCAUAGUAGCCGUGUGGAUCAUCCUCUGCACUAUCAAAACUGUGGUAGAUCUUAUCUUCGCCCUGGAAGCGCUCUAUCAUGCGCGUAUUUAUCUUAUAAACGUUGUCAUUCUUGGUGGAGAGGAUUGCUCGAGAUGUCAUGUAAUUUGGAUCAGCCAUGUUGUCGUCCAGAGCAGGAAAUACAUGGUCGAUUAGCUUCUCUAGGUCAGCGCCGUCUCCUGUUGGCGGCACACAAAUAUCUUCGUGGAGCCUUAUGUUGCCUUCCUCGUCAGUUUCCUCGGUCCCAUUACCUACUCGUAGCAAGUAAUUUGCGAACCACGGGUCGUUAUGCGCCCUCAUGUUGGUUACGAGCCUUAGCUGGCGCAUGCCGUUCCAAAGGUACGAACUCCGCAGGGUAGCAUUGAUUAUCUGACCCCGUGACCCCUUCCUGACGACCGAAAGCACCUGCCUGAAGUCCCCACCAAACACGACUGUCUUUCCCCCGAAUGGUCGGUCCCGUCGGCCUAUGAUGUCCCGCAUGCUAUUGUCUAGUGCCUCAACCGCUUGCCGCUUCGUCAUGGUGGCCUCAUCCCAUAGGAUGAGUGAAGCCAUGUGCAGGAGCUUGGCCGUCCCACUUUGCUUCGUGAAGCUGCACGACCCCCCAUCUUCAAUGUUGAGUGGGAUCUUGAACCUUGAGUGGGCCGUCCUUCCUCCAGGCAUGAUGGAAGCUGUGACGCCUGACGUCGCUGUAGCUAGCGCGAUCUUGCCCUCGCCUCGAACCUUUGCAAGAAGUGACCUGUAUAGGAAGGUCUUCCCGGUGCCUCCCGGGCCAUCGACAAAGAAUAUACCACCAUCACCAGCAUCAACUGCUGCCAGUAUCUCGUCGUAUGCAAGCCUCUGCUCAGGGUUUAGCGAGGACGCCAAAUCAGCGUCGUCCGCGUCAACCUCGAUGGCGGACUCCUCAGUGACUUCUCUGGCCUCACCUCCAGUAGUGUCAUAGGUCUCGUCGAUGUCCGGAAGAGGGAACAAUGCUAUGUCUUUGCCCAUGGACUGUAGCAUGCCCCUGAUGCCAAGCAACACCAUCUGCUCCACUGCCUUUGAGCACGCGUGUAUUCGACGGUAGUCAUCGGACAUCGCGUCUAGGUGCCUAUCCCAUAGACCGCGCACGUCACCUGGCUCGCAGAAUACCAAGAUAGUUGCAAAGAGCCUCCUAAGUGAGGCUGGCAUCGCGAACUGUGUUGACUCUAUAAGACACUCGUCAAGCGUGUUGUCGGCCUCAAUGAGGCCCAAUCUCUCGGCAGCCUCACGGAAGCUAUCACAUAGCACUCCGUCCAUGGUCCGCAGGUCCUCGAAGGAUGUCUUGCCUGGUAUGUGGUUAAGCAGCACUCGCAGAAAGUACCGCUCCCCCUCGGCUGGAUGGGCUGACACGAUUCGACCUACUUGGUGCUGCUUUUCUCUCGGCCUCUAGUAUUUCUGUCUCUGCCAUGUGAAACUUCCUAGAAAGUCCUUGUACAGGAUAUCCCGAGCCCACACGUGCUACUGAUUAGCGAGGAAAUACUCUGUCAGCAUUGACUUAGAUGCAGUAUCACGGGCGACGACAUCGGUCAGGUCCUCUCCUGCUUUGAACGUGACACUAUUCAUAUUAGGGAGAUGAAGCGGCAACUGUAGGACCGACGGGAAACUCUCAGAAAGGUUGAAGCCGAAUAUCCUCCACAUCGCCUCCGGUGGAGUAACCCAUCUCGCAUCAACGUACCUUUUAAUCUCGUCUACAACCCCGUUGCUGUCAGGCUGGUCAAUACUGAAUGAAGCUCGAUCGUGACCCUUGUAUACGUAUUUGUAAAGGUACUUGACGGCCUUGAUGCUGGAGCACACCUCGACAUUUAUGUGGCAGUUGAACAUCCACAACAGAUAAGGGUUGUAAGGCACGACCCAUCUGUUAUCCAGCAUUUGACGACGGACCUUAGCCUGACGACCAUCAUCUCGCCGUCGAUAAACCGGGUAUGAAUCCUUCCCCUGUAAGGUGUUCUGGUUGAACGGUACUGCAGAUGUUCAGGGCGAGAUCUUGGACCGAACGAGUGCACCUUGUGGUACAUAGUGCCAUGUGCCUGAAACGUGUACACCCCGGACUUCAUGUUUGUGUAGUUGUUGUCUAGGCUGACGCCAAGGGUAGUGAAGGCAAAGUGCCCGUUGAAGAACCGAAUGCUCUCUCGGAAAUGCCGAGAGUCUGCAUCCGCGCUUGACCAUAACCUCAUCAGCUCUGGGAUAGGCUCGGGUUCAGCUAGCUCAAUCUCCCCGUUCCGACAGCAGAAGCCGUCAGUCUCGUACUGGAACUUCUUGGCCUUGCAAUGCUCGCAGUUUGCCGCGUGCUUCAGGAUGUGCGUGCUGUCUGGGAUGUUCGAGUAGACAUAGUCGAAAGGAUCUAGGUCGAUAGAUCCCGUGUUGGAGGAUUCUACGGGCUCAUCGAGGUCCGUGCUAUCAGUGUCGGAUGCUGCAAGCAUUGUGGAGAUAUAACAAGUCACGAUGGGAUGCACAUCAUAAACCAAUAAUAUAGAGGGAUGAGCAGCGAUGCAGAGUACCUUCACCGGCAAAUAGGUAGUACUCAUCAUCCAUGAGGUCACCGGAGAGUGCAUUCUCGUCCAUGAUGCCGCUAAGGAAGGCCUCCAUGUCAGCUGUAACAUUGUUGAGCCGGUAAGUAAUGGUUUUUAUUGUGAGUGCACACCAGGAGGGGAGUAAACAUGAGAGGGUUACCAUUGGUUCCGAUGGUGUAUGAUGGCAUGCUUGAUGAAGGGGAGGAAGCUGGUGAAGCAACUCCUGUGGGUAGUGCUUCUGAGCUUGUUGCUGCUCUGUUCACAUCUAAGGUACUUGCAUCUGGGCCUGGAAGCCUCCGUUUUUUUUUGAUUGAACCGCUGACUUAUCACCUUCUGGUAUGCUUUUCCCGCGCGCUCUUCGUUUUAAGGCACUCCCUUGAAUGUUCUUUGCUCUAAUACUUUGUUUGUGAGUUCGCUCCCGAGCCCUACGCUGUGCUCUGCUCUCCUGCCUCUGCUCACAGGCUUGAUUCUGCUGGUCGUCUAUUUGGUGAUCAUUGGUUUGCUGCGAUGGAUUUAUGAGUUCGCUGGGGGCAUCAUUAUCAUCCAGGGUACGACUAAGGUACUCGCCUGCACCGUUGUGGAGCCGUUAAAUACUGGUUCAAUGCACAUGGACACAAUAAGUAGAGUAAAGAUGGAAGGAUUACCAUCUGAUUCGAAGUUGCUCCCAGCCUUACUCGCAAAACGGGGGGCAGGGGCAGGAGCUGAAGCUUCGGAUUCUCUGAAUGCCAACACACGAGUGCUCGACAUCAGGUUGGGUGUAGCUAAGGUAUCUGCAUCAGGGCGCGGCAUUGCGAUGGAUUCAGCGCAAGGGGUGUUGCUCCUAGCCGCGAGUCUCUUCUUGCGUUGAGCUAGCAUGUUCUGCUUCUCCUUAGGUGAUAUGUUUUGCAGACGUGUUCUUUGGCGGGCGUUUGUCUCUUGCUUGUCAUGGACUGACAUAUUUUGGUAGGCCGCCCUUCUAAGGGUGUUACUCUGUUGCUUCUCCUCUAGUGUCAUUCGUUGCUUGGCUUUUCUUUGACGGGCAGUCCUCUCCUCCUCUGUUUUCUUUUUCCUAGCUUCUCUGCGACGUGCAUUGAUUUCCUCCCUCUGUUCAGGUGUUAAUCUAUUUCGCCGUGCUAUAUAUUGGUCUCGCCUUUUCUGUUUUCUAUCUGAUUUAAUGAUAUCAUUUGAAGCAAUGUGCUCGGGGACAUUGUCUCCAGUGUCGAGUCCAAGUGCUAUGCCUGAACCAAUAUUAUGGUCAAUGCUUCUCUCUGUUCCUCGAAAUGAUGCAUGGUGAUCAUAUUUAUAAAGUGCAAGAUUUUGUAGAAGUUCAAUUUUUUAAAAAGAGGGCUCAGACAUGGCGACAAGAAUGAAGGUGGAGGGGAAGGAGUGGAGAGAAAGAUGUCUGUCUCCACAUGGUUCAUGUGCCUAUCACCCAUUAACAAGAUCUCAGUUAUCUGCAUGGUUCUCUAAUUAGUAUGUUUUCCCGGACGAAGAGAAGACUGAUCCUUAAAAAAAAAUUCUGGACGACGAUUUCAGCGGCGUUUCUGUUUUGGCGGUGUUAAAACAAUCUGGAAUAUAAAGGAUUCUGGAGGAGUCUGGAUGGCAAACCUAGGGAGUUCGGGCACCCUGUCGGAGAGGAAGAAGACGGUAGGCGGGCCCAGGAGAUGACGCAGCAACAGCCGUCGAGCGUUUGGACGCCCUGGUUGUGGUUCGGCAUGCGAGGCGAUCAGCAGAGGGUGCAGCUCCGACAGCUCGCGUGCGGACGAUGUGGCCGGACGAACUGGCGUCUGUUUUUGGCGGCAUUCGUUCGCGUGUGGAUGGAGCUCGUACGCCAGGAAGAACUGGCGUCUUGAUGGAGCUCGUACGUCAGGAAGAACUGGCGUCUUGAUGGAGCUCGUACGCCAGGAAGAACUGGCGUUCGUUGGCGGGUCGAAGAAGUUUGAUUUUUGGUCGAUGGACCUCGUCCUCGUUCGUGGCGAUCGUGGGGUUCCAUGGACUUCUUGUUCGUGUGUUCUCAUACGUGGGCUGAGUUGGUGGGCGCUGAGUUCGUGUGUUGAACUGUGGAUCUGGAUCUCGUACGUGGGCUGAGUUGGUGAUUUUGUGUACGUGGGCUGAGUUGGUGGGCUGCUGCGUGCGUGUGGGAGAUCGAAGGGAGGGGGGAUCGAAGGAGGUUGAACCAUCACGACGUUCGAUCCCCCUUUAAUAGUAGAGAUAAACGUGUCCAUUCUGCCAUCUGUUAAAUAAGAUUUAGGUGAACCCUUGUACAGCAACCCCAGCAAUACAAGUGGAAUGGGGGUGUUCCCAUUAGGACUUCUAAUGAAUAUGGUUUUGGCGAA